CGUUGUGGAUGCACUGGAGGAUAUAUCUCGGUUCUCUUCCCGAAUGCCGAUGUGCGGGUGGUAGCUGGGAACCGUUCGUGCCGUGGACUUGUUAGGGGUUAUUGUGACUGGUGUGAUGCUGGAGGUGGAGAUGGAGAUGGAGGUGGAGAUGGAGAUGGAGAUGGAGGUGGAGAUGGAGAUGGAGAUGGAGGUGGAGGUGGAGGUGGAGAUGGAGAUGGAGAUGGAGAUGGAGAUGGAGAUGGAGAUGGAGAUGGAGAGGGAGGUGGAGAUGGAGAUGGCGGUGGAGAUGGCGACAGAGAAGAACAACAUCAACCCCCUCACCAACACAGCGAUGCGCUCCCGCCCGUCAGAAGUACAUUGAUCACAGCUCAUAGUCUAAGUGACGUGAGGAUCCGCGUCGUCCCGUCUGCUGGGCGCGAGGGCGCUGUGCUCGGUCGACGUCGUUGAGGA